AUAUCAUCGGUUUUCUUUUUUUUUCUUUUCUUUUUUUUUUUUCUUAACGCAUAAGCUCCUCAAUUCUCUCUCUCAAAAUUCAUCAUGCCUGUCAACAAGGCUCUCAUCUUUAAGAAGGUCCCUCAGGGAUACCCUAUCCCCGGACAGGAUCUCGUCAUUGAACCUGUUGCAUAUGACGCCAACACCCCCGCCCCCGUGGACGGAGUCUUCCUUCAGUCGCUCUACACCAGCUUCGACCCUUACAUGCGCGGCCGCAUGCGUUCUGCAGAGACCAAGUCCUAUUCUCCAGCCUUUGACCUCAACAAGGCCAUUGAAAGCGCCUCCCUUGCCAAGGUGGUCCGCUCCAAUAAUGACUCCUACCAGGAAGGCGACGUGGUGAUUGGACGUCUGCCGAUCCAGGAGUAUAUUGCUUUGGGUCCCGAGGAAUUAAUUCGCAUCCGCCCCCUCGAGAACCCGCUGGGCCUUGAGGAUAUCCGUGUCUUCCUUGGCGCGCUGGGCAUGCCUGGUCUGACCGCAUACUCUUCCCUCUAUGAGAUUGGCAAACCCAAGAAGGGCGAAACUAUCUUUGUCUCUGCCGCCAGCGGUGCGGUCGGUCAGAUUGUGGGCCAGCUUGCUAAACACGAGGGCCUCAAGGUCAUCGGUAGUGUGGGGUCAGACGAGAAGCUCGACUUCAUCAUCAACGAACUGGGGUUUGACGGUGGCUUUAACUACAAGAACGAGAAGCCUGCGGAUGCGCUGGCUCGCCUAGCUCCCGAGGGCAUCGACAUCUACUAUGAGAAUGUCGGGGGGGAGCACCUGGAGGCUGCAUUGAACGCUAUGAACAACUUUGGCCGUAUUGUGAUGUGCGGUCUGAUCUCGCAGUACAACGCAGCACCUUACCCGAUUAAGAACCUUCAAAAUGUCGUUAUCAAGCGUAUCGACAUGCGCGGAUUCAUUGUGAAUGACCCGGGAAUGGGCGACAAGUACUCCAAGGAACAUCAGCAGAAUGUGCAGAAGUGGAUCAAGGACGGUACCUUCAAGGUUCUCAUGCACGAGACUGAGGGCAUCGAUAAUGCAGCUGAAGGCUUGGUGGGCAUUUUCUACGGCAAGAACAUGGGCAAGGCUGUUUUGAAGUUUUAAAAUGAAGGAAUUGUAUUUGGAUGAUAGGUAUGUAGAAUAUAAUGAGGAGCUACAAUCAGCGAUAUGAAAGUAAGAAUAUGA